UGAUCACCGGGGACCGGGGAGACUGAACGGUAGUGUUGGACAUGUCGGCUAGGUCGGACCGAGACAGCGGGUACCGGAGAAAGAUCUCCACAGACGGCCAGCAGCACCGGCAGGUGGCGGAGAAAUCAAACCGACACAGCAGAAUAGUGCGUGGUUUCGCCAGAGAUUCUUCAAGUCUGAGGAGAACUGUGUCAACAUGUGAGGAAAACGUCCCAACAGCUCUGCCGCUGCUGCUAGAUGUGGUCGGGGGUACAGAGCGUCUUCCUGCAGACGAGGAGUUGCAGGAAAUGCUAAGAGGGAAACUGCGCAUCCUGCAAGCUGACAGCACAGAGGUCAACGCUCUGUUCACGGAGCUGUCUACUCAUCUCAUCUCCAUCAACAGUGAAGAAAAAGUUAUUUUUGUGACAUUCAAAACAUUUGAGGAAAUAUGGAAGUUCACCACAUACUACACAAUAGGUUUCUUGGGUCAGUGCAUGGAGAAUCUGUUGUGGGACCAGAAGUUUUGGCUCAGCUCUUUGGAGGAUGACAUUGCAAUCGAGGUUUCCCUUCAGGAGGACACUCUCAACCUUAUCUACAAAGGCAUCCUCAUGCAGGAAGGUUCAUUCUUUGCUAGUUGUAGUACCAACCAGAUGUUUGACAGCUCCACGUCUGGAGGUGACCUGUACCUGGAGCAGGGGGACAUAGCCCAGUUUGAGCCUCCCUUCCUUGGCUCAGGGUGGACUGUCCUCUGCCUGGCCGAUGGAUCCCGAGGCACUGCACCCACACCAGGUCUCGAGCCGGUCAUCCCUUUUCAUCAAUGGUUCCUCAAAUCCUGUGCAGAGAGCAUUUUAGUUGGUGAUGGGAAACCCUCCUGUGACUUCCCUCUGGAGUUUGCCAGAGGAACCUGUCUGGCCACAGUGGAGUAUGAUGCUGAGGGCCCAGAUGAGCUGAGCAUGGCACCCGGUGAUCGCAUCAUCAUCGUGGGCCUUCUGGUGUCUUGUUUUGAUUGGUUCACUGGGAGGAAGGAGGCGACAGGAGAAGUGGGUCUGGUCAAGACAAGCCUGGUGAAACCGAGCCCUGACAUUUACGACUCAGCAGAUAUUUUUUUGGAUGGAGAAGAAGGGACCUUCUUCAGUUUGCAAGAGGACAAAGUCAUAGAAGAAACAACUGCCUUAUUGAAGAAGAAAUCUCAAAAUGAUUCUGGUCAUAACUACAAACUUGAUAUGAUCAGUUACCAAGACUCUACAAAAAAGACACCAUUAAGUUCUUCGAGCAAAGGUUAUCCUCAGCAGACAGACUUGAAGAUAAAUAUUCAGAGGUUUCUUGAUCAAGGAAAAGACACAUUGCCACCUUCCGUAGUGACCGUGAACGGGACUCUAGAGGACUCUGUCCUGGCUUUAGAAGCAAAAAGUCCUCCCUGUUUCACUGUUCACCCAGUUGUAGAAGGAAACAACAACAAUGAAAUCUUCAUUCCGCUUUUCUCUUUCUUGGAGGGACAAGAGUACAAAAUAGAGUUUGGCACACUGUAUGGACUGAGUUCUGAACUCCUGGCCUCCUCCAUCUUCACCGGUCACUCAGACGAGGACGAGCUGAUUGCCUUCCUGGGUGUAGCCAGAGAAACAGCCAGGAAAAAGCGACUCUUUUGGUCACAGACCCGUUCAUGCUUUCUGCUGGGUAAGCUCUGUGCCGGAAGGUCAAAGUUCAGCCAGGCCCGGGUUUACUUUGAGGAAGCCCUCAGCGUGCCACAAGAAGGCUUCAUCGACCUCAGGCUGUUGGCCAGCAUCUACUCCAACCUGGUUGCCAUAUAUCUUUUGCAGAAAAACACCGAAAGUUUCUUUGCUCUGACAGAGCGACUUGUAGCCUUGCUAUUGGGAAUCCCAGACUGCCUGGAAUACUUAGAGGACAACUCUGCUCUUAAAUAUAUCCUCAAGAAAGCUGUUCUGUCUCACAACAAGAUGGCAGAGGCCCGGGCUUGUCAUCUAUUGGCAAAGCACCACUGGACUCGUGCUGAAGGGGUACGAGUUGUUCCAUAUCUUCAGAGACUACUUGUUCUUUGCGCUGAAGCUCAAAGGACAUGGGGCAUCUCUCCCAGUCAUGAGUACCUCGCCCUGGGUAGGCUCUACAGUGAACUCCGACUUCCCCACCUCAGUGUCAGUUCAGCCAGGAGAGCUCCGCAGCAGCCCUCUGCUACACUGACCGACUGCCUGAGCAGCAUGGUUCUACUUUUGGACAAUGUCAACACACUGAAUGGUAUCACACAACAGGAAGCCUCCAUCCCACCUCAAGUGGCUCCCUAUUUACAACAAGCCCUCUCUUCUAACAAAGUCCAAGGAGUAGGAAGUGAUCAGCACCAUGUUUUGAGCCAUCAGCUUACCCUUUGUCUCUGCCAACUCUUUUGCAAGCACAAAAUGGUUGGACACGCUAUCGGCCACAUGCAUAUUCUAAUCGACAGCAAUCCACCCUCGCAGCCAUCCCCCAUCUCAGUCCCAGAAAGAAAUGGUACCCUCAUCUGGCUGGCAUGGCUUCACAUUGACAACAAGCAGCCGGAUGUGGCUCUGGAUAUCCUGGACUCUGUCCUCGCUUCCAUGCCAGAACACUGCACUACCCCUCAGGAAGGUGUGGUCCUCAACAUGCGUGGCGUGGCACUUCGAUGCAUGGGUGACCUUCGGAGGGCGGCAGAGAGCUACCAGGCUGCUGUGGACAUCUGCCAAGAGUACGAGGACAUGCCAAACUGGGCUGUAGCUCAGGCUAACCUGGGGCUGUUAUGUUUGAAGGCUGGGGCUAAAGGACUAGCCCAAAAACACCUGACUGAGGCCGUGCAGCUUUUCUCUGAGCUGGAAGAAAAAGGUCAUGAGGCGAACUUCAUCACAGUGCUGCUGGAGCUGGGUCAGCACUAUGUGAAGCAGCACCAGCUGGACUUUGGGAAAGGAUGCUACGAAUGGGCUCUGUUGCUGGCUAUCAAUGCUAAUCUUUUAGACUGCCAGCUCACUGCCACCAGACACCUGUGCAAUCUGUAUGGGUGUGAGAGUCCGGACCAGGCCCAGUGUAUCAUCUACAGCCAGCACCAGGUCCAGCUUCUGAGACAUACAGGAGACAGAAGACAGGAGGGAGAUGCAUUGGAAGCCAUCAGUCAGCUCUACCUCACCCUGGGCACAGAAAGGGCAUACAGGGCAGCUCUUGACUACACCAAGACCAGUCUGGGUAUUUUCAUCGACCUGGGCUGCAGGGAGAAGGAGGCGUACGGCUGGUUGCAAGCGGGAAAGAUCUACCACCUGGUGGACCAGACUGAACUCGUGGACCUUUACACACAGGUAGCUCAGGAUGUCGCUCUGAGUACAGGAGACACAGGGUUCAUCUUGAAGCUCCUGGAAGCUGCAGGAGACAUUUUCUUCAACAGCAGCAAGGACCAGGACAAGGCUAUCACCUUCUACAGGGACCGUGCUCUGCCCAUCGCAGUGAAGAGCAGCAGUGUGCGUUCCAGGCUGAGGUUGUGCAAUAAAUUGACUGAACUGAUGCUAAGUCUCAAGCUGUAUGGGGAAGCUGUGGAAUUUGCUCAGACUGCACUGGACAUCAGUAUCACUCUGGGUGAUUGUCUGAAUGAGAGGGUGGCUUACCAUCGUCUGGCCUCUCUUUACCACUGUCUGGACCAGUAUGAACUGGCUGAACACUAUUACCUGAAAACCCUGACCCUCUGUCCAACACCUCUGCUGUUUGAUGAGGAAACGCUGUACUAUGUUAGGGUGUACCAGACGCUGGGGGACAUCAUAUUCUAUGACCUGAAGGACCCAUUUGACGCUGCAGGCUACUACCACCUUGCUCUGGCUGCAGCCAUGGAUCUGGGCAACAAGAGGUCUCAGCUGCAGCUGUGCACUCGUCUCGCCACCAUCUACCACAACUUCCUAAUCGACCGGGAGCUCUCUCUCUUCUUUUACCAGAAAGCUCGUGCCUUUGCUGCAGAGUUGAACGUGAGAAAGAUUAAUAUCUCACCGGAUCAGCAGUAUAGCAGCACCUCGCAGUCCAAGACAAACAGACAAUAGGCCGGACACUUUGGGAAGUCUUUGUUUGACAAGAAAAAAAAUCACUUUUGCUAAGUGCGACAAAAACUUCAGCAGAUGGCUGGAUGCAUUUUCUUUUUUUGGUACAGAAAAUGUAUGUUUCAUGAGAAGCCUUGUGAAUUAUUAUGCUUUAAGCAUUAAGACUACAGCACAGAUUCAACUGUUCCCAGAAAACCCAUCUUUAAGACCUUACUUGGAAGAGAUAGUUAAGGUCCCAUGAUGCCCAAGAUGUCCAAUCUAAUCAUCUAUUGCGUUAUGAAACUGUGUGUGUUCAAAAUUCACGAUUCAACUUUACUUAGGCCUCUGAUAAUUUACAAGGAAAAGAUAAAUAUCCUGAACCAGAAAACAGUGAAAGCUUUAUAAUGAUAAGUUAUUAUCUUUACAAAUGGUUAGAUGUGUCAUUUAUGAUUUCUUUAUUCAAGUUUCUUUUUUGUAAUCCUUCUAAACAAGAAAAAAAGACAUGCUGAUUGUAACUGAUCACUCAUAAACACAAGUGCAUCAUCUGCAUAUAAUGAAAUAUUAUGUGUUCUGGUACUUAUUUGAAUAUCCUUAAGCUGGUUACUUAUUCUAAAGGCUCUAUGACAAAAGCAAAAAGUAAUUGAGACAUGACACAACCCUGUUCUGUACUUCUGUUGGAAAUACACGACCUGACAACCAUUAAGCAAUAAAAAUGGAAAUGCAAAUGUAACUUGACUAAAUCAGUGGAAAUAUUCCCAAAAGCAAAGUCUCACAUUGUUUUAAUGAGUACUCCAACUCUAUACAGUCAAAUGUUUCGUGAUUUCUUGUAGUGUCCCUCUUGAGGUGUUGAGUUCAAUGACCACAGUGUACAGAAGAGGUUUUCAGACAGUUGUUUGAGGCCUGUAAGACAUUGAAUAUGCAAACUGUGAGGAGCAGAUUAGUUCAUCAGGGUUUUAUCCGAAUAAUAAAACGUAAAGUUAAAGUAAGUUAUCAUAUGUCAUUAAUAUAGAGCGAGUAUUUUUUGCUAUUUUGUCUAAUGAUGAACAAACUAAUAUGCAAA